AAAGCGGCGGUCGCUGCCGGAGGUGGAGUCGGGCCGGUUUCGGUUCCGCCCACUUCGUCCGCCGCGGUGGGUAAGAAAGCAGAGAAAGAAGGAGCGGUAGUCGGGGUUUCGCUGCUGCUCGGUUCGGGAUGGGUCUCAUAUUUGCCAAGCUGUGGAGUUUCUUCUGUAACCAGGAGCACAAAGUGAUAAUUGUGGGACUUGACAAUGCUGGAAAGACAACCAUUCUGUACCAGUUCCUAAUGAAUGAGGUGGUUCACACUUCUCCCACUAUAGGAAGUAACGUUGAAGAAAUUGUAGUAAAGAACACUCAUUUCCUCAUGUGGGAUAUUGGAGGGCAGGAAUCUUUACGGUCGUCCUGGAAUACCUAUUAUUCAAAUACUGAGCUCCUGGUCCAACCUUUCUCCUUUCCACAGUUUAUUAUCCUUGUAGUUGACAGCAUUGAUCGAGAGAGACUGACCCUCACCAGAGAAGAACUCUACAGAAUGUUGGCACAUGAGGAUUUGCGGAAAGCUGCAGUUCUCAUCUUUGCAAACAAGCAAGAUAUGAAAGGUUGCAUGACUGCAGCUGAAAUUUCCAAGUCCCUCACCCUUAGUUCCAUAAAGGAUCAUCCAUGGCACAUUCAGUCCUGUUGUGCACUAACAGGAGAAGGAUUAUGUCAAGGCCUGGAAUGGAUGACAUCUCGAAUUGGAGUAAGCUAAUUUUACUGGAUAGAAAGUGACAUUUAUCCUGUGGACAAAUUCCAUUGUGGUACACUUCGCUACACAGGUGGCAACAUAUUGAAUUUCAGACUUCUGAAACCUCCACAACAACACUUGAAUCAAGUGCGGCUGAAAUGUAAAAGUAUUUUUUAACCUUUUAAAAAUGCACUAAUCUUGGUUGGAAGAAGAAGUAGACACUAUCUGAAAGUUUGUUUUCCUGACUACAUAAGUUAAAGGACUGCCUAGUAAUCAAAAAAAGCUCCUUGUUACUGCUUGUAGUACUAGCUUGUAACAGUGGUUGGUCUCCCUCUGUGUUGCUAUGCUGCAGCAAUUAGCUUUAAGAAUCCCAAGAGCGUGGAUAUUAAAGUCAACCUAUUUCCAGAUGAGGAGAGUUCAAAUAUUAAUACAGACUACAGGAGUUCUCUAAAACUGAAACAGAUAUUUAUUUUUUUCCUUGCCUUUCUAUUUAUGUAAUUGUCAUUGUACUUCUGCCUUGGAAAACAUACACCAUUUUUAAAACUUCAUCUGACUGUUAAACAUUUUAUAUAUUGGGGGAAAAAACAUUGAGUAGAAUGAUAUUGAAAUGUACUUCAUGCUACCAAGGGGAACUAGUUGACUGCACUGUGUUUUAACAAUGCAAGUUUGGUAGGAAAAUUAUUUAAGUAUAUGUAUCUAUGGGGGUUUAUUUUACAGAAGAAUGUUGAUAGCAUGUGAAAGCCAAAUUUGUCUGGAUAUUGUGCUAGUAGCCAACGAGCUUCUACAGUCUGAUUGUUAAUCAGUAUGAGACAGAAAUCAGUUCUUGGAAGCAUUGUGUAUAAUGUAAGGCAUAAUUAUUUCUUCAUUGGAGAAUCCAGAGCAAAAGGUAUUCUUGCAUUCUAGGACAAAUUGGUCCAAUUUUUCUAUAGAAAGCCUGACUUCUACAGAUCAUAGCCGUAAUGCCUUAUUUUGAGCAGUGCAUUAAAGUAGCUAGCAUUUCCUUCCAAAAUUUACUCUGACAUGUUCAACAGUAGUAUUCUGUAGUGUUUUCAAAGCACCUAGUUGUCUUGCAUUUUCUAUUAUAAUGGGUUUCCUAUCUUAAGACAAUGUCCAUACCAUUUGUGGUCCGUCACCUAGCAUUGUAUAAAUGGUCUCAGACAGGGAUAAGCAAAAGAUAGAUAUCCAGAUUUGAAUCUUCCAUCUGCUAGUAUCCCUUGCUAGCUCAGGCAAUGGUCAGGUAUGCUGGGACUUGAACUCCAAAACACUGGAAAUCUACUUUUUGUCCUCCUCUGCUCUAAAGAAAAGCUUUUAUUUGGCAUCUCAGGAAACUGCUGUCCUACGUGGAUUAAGUAAUGAAAACAGUAUGUUGUGAUUGUGCCGGAACUGAAAUUUCAUGGGUUAACUUUUUUGGUAAAAGGUACUUUUUCCCACUGAAAGAGGGGCUGUUCUUGUUAGAAAACAUCACAUUUCAUUGACUAUACAAACUUGCUUGCCUGUUGCUCUCUUCCUGAGAUUGCCAAAAUGGGACUUCUGUUGGGCAAGAGAACUGUCCUUCCUCCCAUCUUUGUAGCUGUGAAGAUAUAUGGAGUCCUUUAAACUCUGUGACACUUACUUCCUAGUAGACAUGCAUGGUUGCAGUGUAAGAAACUUGUUCAACCUGUAGUAUUUCAUAAAUGAGAACCAGCAUAUCAAUAUGCAGUGAAUAUGAUUUUUCCCCUUCUAAGGGAGUUAUCUCCUUUGGCAUUAAUUUUCACAUCAUCACCACGCUGGAAUUAUGGGUUCUGGUUAAUGUCUGUGACUAUUUUGCAUAUCCAUUCCUGGGCAUAUAGGUGGGGUGGUUGGUGGCGGCAUGAUUCCUCAGGUCACUGAUCCCAACCAGUAGGGAUUACUUGAGGAUUAUACAGCUUUCAACAGGCCAGCUUGGUUGAGCAUUGUUUCAUCCUCAGGCAACUGCCGCCACCUGGGUUUUGAUAAGAUGUCAAGGCAUGGCAAAAGCCUAGUCUCCUGGGGGUGAGUAUUCAAGAAGUCUGCUGGCAUGUGCCACAAUCCAACCACUUAAUAAACCACAGUGGGUUGUGGUGCUCAUGACAGCCGGCCUGUUGCCAAAUACUGGCAUGUAUCCCUACAUCAACAUAUAUUGCAACAUAUAUUGAUGGUGAAAAAUAUAAACUGACUGUAAAAUGCAAGGUCUUCACUGGGAUGAGCUUCAGAAGGAGCAUGGAAAGCACUCUCAUCCCAAGGGGAACGUCUUUUCCUCUUGGUCUGGUCUCCUCUGAACAGCUGUGACUCUCCAGUGUCUCCAGCAGGAAUUUCACCUACCUGCUCUGCCUGUGCCUUUUCCAGCUCUUCAUCCACGAGCCCUCCCAGUGUAUAUCUGCACAUCUACUGAAGAACCUAAAGAAACCCUAUUUUUGAUCCUAGUCUCCCAAGCAGUCAUUUGUCACUUUCAAAAAUUUUGUGCGGAAGUGUGUACUAAAUGGGAGGAGAGGUUUAUAUACUUGGGUGUAUGUAUGCCAAGAAUACUGUGCUUGUAGUAGAGUAGGCCACUCUUUCUAGACCUGCCAUUCUCAUCUUGGCUCCACUCAAGAUCUUCACAGUAACUGUGAAUUUACCAUUAGAUUUUCGUAAGGGGGAAAAGCGUUCAGUGUUUAAACUGUAGCUCUUACCAUGCCACAAGAUCUGCACCUCCUAGCAGAUCUGUUUUGGCCAAGAUAAUAUCUUGUUAUUUGCUCACUCAUACCACACUAUCCAUUACUGGGCUGGAUGCUUUUUAUAUUAAAUGAUCGGCAUGAUAAUACUGCAAUGUAAAUAUUUUGUGGGGAUGAGUUGAAGUGCUUGCCUGUGGAAAGCAAGACUUAUCAUCUUAUGCUGUUACAAAAAAACCCCACCUGUUGGCAGUGCAAUAUUACUUGUGGAAAUGGCAACAAGGGAGGGGGACUUCUGUGCCAAUAAAGAGAGCUUCUCCUUAAA